GCUCUUCAACAACGAACGGCUCCCUCCCCCUUGGCUCUCGUCGGCGAGUCCUACUAAAACCCUAGAGGAGGAGCCUCCGCCGCUUCCGUCCCCCCCUCCGCCGCCGCAGCAGCAAAGGAGCCGACGCGCGAUGCCGAAAUCUAAGCGCAACCGCCCAGUGACCUUGUCAAAGACCAAGAAGAAGCCAGGUUUAGAGCGCAAGGGCAGAGUAGUUACCGAGAUAAAAGAGGCUGUCGACAAAUACGGCAGUGCCUAUGUCUUCACCUACGAUAACAUGAGAAAUCAGAAGCUCAAGGACCUCAGGGAGCAGCACAAAGCAUCUAGCAGGAUAUUUCUUGCUGGGAAGAAGGUUAUGCAGAUAGCGUUGGGGCGUUCACCUGCUGAUGAAGCUAAAACAGGCCUCCACAAACUUUCCAAGUUCCUUCAAGGUGACUCUGGUUUGUUCUUUACCAAUCUUCCAAGGGAUGAUGUUGAGAGGCUGUUUCGAGAAUUUGAGGAGCAUGAUUUUGCAAGGACGGGAAGUACUGCCACAGAAACGGUGGAGCUUAAGGAAGGCCCUCUGGAACAGUUUACACAUGAAAUGGAACCCUUUCUGCGCAAGCAAGGACUGCCAGUUCGCUUGAACAGAGGUGUUGUAGAGUUAAUUGCAGAUCAUGUAGUAUGUGAGGAAGGAAAACCUCUUUCACCAGAAGCGGGACAGACUCUGCGCUUGCUUGGGAUGCAGAUGGCAACAUUCCGGCUAUACCUCGUGUGCCGCUGGUCUUGUGAUGACUUUGAAGUGUACAAAGAAGGCUUGGCUCACCUAGGAGCUGAUGAUUCCUCUUAAGCUCGGUACCUUUACCUCUGCAAGGACGCACUUGCUGUCUUGUGUUGGGACAGUUUUUGGUAUUGCGCGUGCGGCCCGUGUACCCGAGUGUUGAAAAUUUUGAAAGAUGUGAUCUGCAGAAAUUCGUUUCGCUCAGUUCCAUCAUUUUUACUGAAACUGUUGGAAGGUGUAAGCUGAUUGGUAUAUCAUAUGAACAAAUAUGUAGAGGUAAAAGGUCGAUCGGAUUAUAACUGACCAUGCAGUUAUUUCUAAGAAUCAACGAGUAUUUGAAUGUGUGAAUA